AUGGAGCAUUCCAUCAAGCUGCCACCAAACUUUGAUUUGCGAGCUGCAAAUGCGGCAACAGAAUGGCGGCUAUGGCGUCUCUGUUUUGAAGACUACUUGGUGGGUUCGGGGCAAGAUAAUGCCGCGGAUAAGGUAAAAUUGGCCCUCUUGAGAAAUAUGUUAGGAAUGGAAGCUGCCAGAAUAGUCACAACGUCGCUACAACUUUCCGAGAGUGAAAAAGAUAAUUACGAUUCAGUAAUGGCCGCAAUCACAAAAUAUGUCAGCCCGCGUGUAAAUGAAGUGUUUGAACGAUUCAAAUUUAACAAUAGAAAACAACAAGAAGGAGAAAGCUUCGAUAGUUUCUUUACGGAAUGUAAACAAUUAAUUUUAACAUGUAACUAUAAACAAAACAAGGAUUCAAUAGAAGAUCAAUUGUUGAGGGACAAAAUUGUACAAGGAGUAUUAGACAAAACAGUACAAGAAUCCUUACUGAAACUAGAUAGCCUUACACUUGAAAAGGCAGCCAACUAUUGUCGCACUUCAGAAAUGAGUAAACGACAGGUGCAGGAGAUGAACCCAACAAUAGAAAUUGAUGUGGUCAAAAAAUCAAAAUCCCAUCAGGCACAGAAGAAAUACUUAUUUCAAUGUAGGAGCUGUCAAACUCAACAUGGGCUGCGAGAAUGUCCUGCCUAUGGAAAAAAAUGCACCAGAUGUGGAAAAUUGAAUCACUUGGCAGUCAGCUGUAAAGUCAAGAAAAUUAAUUUAACUCGAGAAGAUUCAGAAGAGUCUGAUGAUGACACUUUAUUUUGUGGUGCAGUUAGUAGUAAAGGGAAAAAGAAAUGGAUGGACUUUAUUAACAUCGAAGGAAAGAGCAUAUAUUGUAAAAUUGAUACCGGCGUAGAAGUAAGUGUAAUGCCAACAAAAAUCUUCAAGGAACUUCAUUCUAGUGCGGCGCUCAGACCAACAAAGACCUUAGAAGCAUUUGAUGGCACAAAAGUCAAAGCCAUUGGAAAGGUCCGUCUCCAUUGCAAGUACAAGGAGCGAGAGUGUUAUGAGGACUUCAGAGUUGUAGAUUGCAAGUUAAUGUUAUUAGGAGAGUCAGGUUGUGAAGCUUUAAAACUAGUGAAGCGAAUUUACAGUGUUGAUGAAGCUGAAGAUGGGACUCUAAAAGAGGACUUCAUAAAAGAAAAUAUAGAUGUUUUCCAAGGUCAUGGACCAAAUUGAAGGCUACUUUGGAGAUAUACCAAACGUUAUAACUUGGUUUGACGAUAUUUUAGUAAUGGGCGAGACAGAGGAAAUUCAUAAUGAAGCUGUGAGUAAAGUUUUGGCCAAGGCCAGGGAGAUUAGAGCAGUCUUCAAUAAAGAUAAACUACAAUAUAAAAAGUCUGAGGUCAAGUAUGUAGGCCAAAUAUUUAAUGGAACGGGUAUGAGUGUGGAUAAAGCGAGAGUUGAGUCACUAAUUAAAUUAAAAGAACCAACAAAUAAAGAUCAAUUACAACAAAUAAUUGGUUCUUUCAACUAUGUUAGACGCUAUGUUCCUGAAAUGGCUGAAUUAUUAGCACCAUUAAGUAAAUUACUUAGAAAAGACAUUGAAUUUCAGUGGUUACCAUUGCAUGCCAGAGUUUUUAAAGAACUAAAAAAUAAAAUUUCUCAAGCUCCUGCUUUAUGUCCAUUCAACCCACAAAAACAGAUAAUUCUGCAAUG